CUCUUUUUCUUCUCCCCUCCUCCUCCUCUUUCUCGUACGGAAAAACCCUAAUCCGAUUGAGCCAAACAGCUACACGCGCCUACACCUUCUCUCUCUCACACAUCUCUCUCUUCUCUUCUGUCCAAUCGAGGAAUCUCAGUUUUGGAUUUUUUUUCCCGCGCGGGAGUUAGGUCCGAUCACCGGGCGAUUGAACGAGCUCCGUCGGCGACCGCCGUCGUUGUGCUCCGGAUUCUGCAGGUAGGAUGUUGAAUAGGUACACAAGGAUUGAAGAGAAUGCAAUCUGAUCGGCCGUGGUAAUAAACGCCGCCGACGUAACAGAAGCUGUAGCCAGCCAAGACGCAAGAGGACAGAUUAAAAAGGUUUUCCCAGGGAUUAAUCGAUGCCGAACGCUGAGGCGCCCAAUCCACACUUGAUCAGGCGGCCGUCGCGUGGCGCUGCGACGACAACCUUCUCCACCGAGGUCUUCGACAACUCAGUCGUCCCUUCCUCCUUGGAAUCGAUCAAGCCGAUCCUCCGAGUCGCUAACGAGAUCCAAAAUGAGCGCCCUCGCGUUGCCUAUCUCUGUCGAUUUUACGCAUUUGAGAAGGCGCAUCGGCUGGAUCCCAGCUCUAGUGGACGUGGUGUGAGGCAGUUCAAAACAGCCUUGCUGCAAAGAGUCGAAAGGGAAAACGCAUCCAGUAUCGCCUCCCGGGUUAAAAAAACGGAUGCGCGGGAAAUCCAGAGCUUCUAUUACCAGUAUUAUAAACAAUAUGUUGAAGCACUCGAGCAGGGCGAGCAAGCAGACAGAGCUCAACUUGGCAAGGCCUAUCAGACAGCAGGAGUUCUUUUUGAAGUACUUUGCGCCGUUAAUAAGACUGAGAAAGUUGAAGAGGUUGCCCCUGAGAUUAUUGCUGCGGCUAGAGACAUCCAAGAAAAGAAGGAAAUCUAUGCACCAUACAAUAUUCUUCCCCUGGAUUCUGCCGGGGCUUCCCAAUCAAUUAUGCAACUUGAGGAGGUCAAGGCAGCAGUUGCAGCACUAUGGAAUACCCGAGGGUUGUCAUGGCCUUCAGCUUUUGAACAGCACAGGCAGAAAGCAGGGGAUCUCGACCUUCUUGAUUGGUUAAGGGCCAUGUUUGGCUUCCAGAGAGACAGUGUUCGGAACCAGAGAGAGCAUCUGAUAUUGCUACUUGCCAACAACCAUAUAAGGCUCCACCCCAAGCCCGAACCUCUUAAUAAGGCAUGUGCUGACUUUUGUUGUUUAGUUCUCCUCUUCUCAUAUGUAAUAUGUUAUGGUCUUGAUGAAAGAGCUGUAGAUGCAGUAAUGAAUAAGAUUUUUAAGAACUAUAAAAAUUGGUGCAAAUUUUUAGGAAGGAAACACAGUUUACGACUUCCUCAAAGUCAGCCCGAAAUCCAGCAAAGAAAAAUACUUUACAUGGGUUUGUACCUUCUUAUCUGGGGUGAAGCAGCUAACGUUCGGUUCAUGCCAGAGUGUCUUUGCUACAUCUUUCACAAUAUGGCCUAUGAACUCCAUGGCUUAUUAGCUGGAAAUGUGAGCAUUGUAACUGGAGAAAAUAUUAAGCCUUCUUAUGGCGGAGACGAUGAGGCGUUUCUGAGGAAAGUUAUAACACCAAUCUACCGAGUAAUAGCAAAGGAAGCGAGUAAGAGUCAAAAUGGUACAGCUUCUAGUACAGAAUGGUGCAACUAUGACGAUCUUAAUGAAUAUUUCUGGUCAUCUGAUUGCUUCUCUCUUGGUUGGCCUAUGCGCGAUGAUGGUGCAUUCUUCAAAUCAACACGUGAUGAAGUUAAGGGAAAGAAGACUCCUCCAGGAUACUCUGGUAGCACGGGAAAAUCAUAUUUUGUUGAAACGCGAACAUUUUGGCACAUAUUUCGAAGCUUUGACAGAUUGUGGACUUUUUUUGUGCUAGCCUUUCAGUUAAUGAUCAUCUAUGCUUGGAGUGGAGUAGCAAUACAAAAUAUACUCAGAAGGGAUGUGUUGUAUUACCUAUCAAGUAUUUUCAUUACGGCGGCCUUUCUGCGGUUCCUUCAGAGUAUUCUUGACCUUGUUCUCAACUUCCCUGGAUAUCAUAGAUGGAAAUUUACGGAUGUUCUGAGGAACAUCCUUAAGAUCAUUGUUAGUUUUGCAUGGGCUGUCAUUCUUCCACUCUGUUAUUCGGGAAACCUCAAGCAAGUGAGUGGUUUCACAAGGGGAAUGGAUUUCCUCCGCACAGUGAAGAGUAUUCCUCCGAUAUACUUGUUUGCUGUAGUUGUAUACAUGGUCCCGAAUAUCUUGGCGGCUUCUUUGUUCAUCUUCCCCAUGCUCAGAAGAUGGAUUGAGAACUCAGACUGGCUCAUUGUUAGACUCCUAUUGUGGUGGUCACAGCCAAGGAUUUAUGUUGGAAGGGGAAUGCAUGAAAGUCAAUUUUCACUUAUAAAGUAUACUAUUUUUUGGGUGUUGCUUUUGAGUUGCAAGUUCACGUUCAGCUACUUUAUCCAGAUAAAGCCCCUAGUAAAACCAACAAAAGACAUCAUGAACAUUCGACAUGUAGAGUAUACUUGGCAUGAGAUUUUCCCUUAUGCCCGCCACAACUAUGGCGCAGUUUUGUCACUCUGGGCACCAACAAUAUUGGUGUAUUUCAUGGAUACACAAAUUUGGUAUGCUAUAUUCUCAACCAUAUACGGUGGCUUUGAGGGAGCAGUUGAUCGCCUAGGAGAGGCAAGCAUCUCCAAUCUUUCUUUUAUACGAACUCUGGGUAUGCUGAGGUCACGGUUUCAGUCAUUGCCAGGUGCAUUUAAUGCAUAUUUGGUGCCUUCGGACAAGGCUCAGAAAAAAGGAUUUUCUCUGUCGAAGAGAUUUGCUGAGGUUUCAGCAAAUAGAAGAAGUGAAGCUGCCAAAUUUGCCCAGUUGUGGAAUGAAGUGAUAACCAGUUUCCGUGAAGAAGAUCUUAUCAGUGACAGGAAAGGCUGCACAAGCAAGAUAAAUAAUAUCCCUAUAGCUCUGAAUAUGGCAGCGCACUUCCGAUCAAAGGAUGCUGACUUAUGGAAACGUAUAUGUGCAGACGAGUAUAUGAAAUGUGCUGUGAUUGAGUGCUAUGAAUCCUUCAAACAAGUCCUCAAUAUUUUGGUCGUUGGAGAAAAUGAAAAGAGGAUAAUUGGCAUCAUCAUCAAAGAAAUAGAGAGUCAUGUUUCAAAGAGCACACUUCUUGCAAAUUUCAGAAUGGCCUCUUUGCCAGCUCUUUGUGAAAAAGUUGUGGUGCUUGUGGGAAUCCUGAAAGAUGGCGACCCUUCCAAGAGAGAUGAUGUGGUGCUGUUGCUUCAAGAUAUGUUAGAGUUGGUCACCCGUGAUCUGAUGGUGAAUGAGAAUCGUGAAUUAGUAGAUCUCGGACAUAGUGGCAAGGAUUCUGGAAGACAACUGUUUGCUGGUACAGAUCCAAGACCUGCUGUAGUAUUUCCUCCCCCAGCUUCUGCUCAGUGGGAUGAACAGAUAAGACGGCUUCAUCUUCUUUUGACGGUAAAAGAAUCUGCCAUGGAUGUACCAGCAAAUCUUGAAGCACGCAGGAGGAUUUCGUUUUUCACGAACUCCUUGUUCAUGGAUAUGCCACGUGCUCCACGAGUCCGCAAAAUGCUCUCAUUUAGUGUUAUGACCCCAUACUAUAGCGAGGAAACUGUCUAUUCUAAAUCCGACCUUGAAAUGGAAAAUGAAGAUGGUGUGUCCAUUAUAUACUACUUGCAAAAAAUCUAUCCAGGUGGGACGCUCAAUCGUGAUUUUGAUUCUUUUGGAAUUAGAGAAAUUAUUGCUGCGGCUAGAGACAUCCAAGAAAAGAAGGAAAUCUAUGCACCAUACAAUAUUCUUCCCCUGGAUUCUGCCGGGGCUUCCCAAUCAAUUAUGCAACUUGAGGAGGUCAAGGCAGCAGUUGCAGCACUAUGGAAUACCCGAGGGUUGUCAUGGCCUUCAGCUUUUGAACAGCACAGGCAGAAAGCAGGGGAUCUCGACCUUCUUGAUUGGUUAAGGGCCAUGUUUGGCUUCCAGAGAGACAGUGUUCGGAACCAGAGAGAGCAUCUGAUAUUGCUACUUGCCAACAACCAUAUAAGGCUCCACCCCAAGCCCGAACCUCUUAAUAAGGCAUGUGCUGACUUUUGUUACUUCCUCAAAGUCAGCCCGAAAUCCAGCAAAGAAAAAUACUUACAUGGGUUUUGUACCUUCUUAUCUGGGGUGAAGCAGCUAACGUUCGGUUCAUGCCAGAGUGUCUUUGCUACAUCUUUCACAAUGAAGCGAGUAAGAGUCAAAAUGGUACAGCUUCUAGUACAGAAUGGUGCAACUAUGACGAUCUUAAUGAAUAUUUCUGGUCAUCUGAUUGCUUCUCUCUUGGUUGGCCUAUGCGUGAUGAUGGUGCAUUCUUCAAAUCAACACGUGAUGAAGUUAAGGGAAAGAAGACUCCUCCAGGAUACUCUGGUAGCACGGGAAAAUCAUAUUUUGUUGAAACGCGAACAUUUUGGCACAUAUUUCGAAGCUUUGACAGAUUGUGGACUUUUUUUUGCUAGCCUUUCAGUUAAUGAUCAUCUAUGCUUGGAGUGGAGUAGCAAUACAAAAUAUACUCAGAAGGGAUGUGUUGUAUUACCUAUCAAGUAUUUUCAUUACGGCGGCCUUUCUGCGGUUCCUUCAGAACUCCAUACUUUUGAAUGUUUUUCUGGUCACUGGCGCUUUAAAGGUAUUCUUGACCUUGUUCUCAACUUCCCUGGAUAUCAUAGAUGGAAAUUUACGGAUGUUCUGAGGAACAUCCUUAAGAUCAUUGUUAGUUUUGCAUGGGCUGUCAUUCUUCCACUCUGUUAUUCGGGAAACCUCAAGCAAGUGAGUGGUUUCACAAGGGGAAUGGAUUUCCUCCGCACAGUGAAGAGUAUUCCUCCGAUAUACUUGUUUGCUGUAGUUGUAUACAUGGUCCCGAAUAUCUUGGCGGCUUCUUUGUUCAUCUUCCCCAUGCUCAGAAGAUGGAUUGAGAACUCAGACUGGCUCAUUGUUAGACUCCUAUUGUGGUGGUCACAGCCAAGGAUUUAUGUUGGAAGGGGAAUGCAUGAAAGUCAAUUUUCACUUAUAAAGUAUACUAUUUUUUGGGUGUUGCUUUUGAGUUGCAAGUUCACGUUCAGCUACUUUAUCCAGAUAAAGCCCCUAGUAAAACCAACAAAAGACAUCAUGAACAUUCGACAUGUAGAGUAUACUUGGCAUGAGAUUUUCCCUUAUGCCCGCCACAACUAUGGCGCAGUUUUGUCACUCUGGGCACCAACAAUAUUGGUGUAUUUCAUGGAUACACAAAUUUGGUAUGCUAUAUUCUCAACCAUAUACGGUGGCUUUGAGGGAGCAGUUGAUCGCCUAGGAGAGGCAAGCAUCUCCAAUCUUUCUUUUAUACGAACUCUGGGUAUGCUGAGGUCACGGUUUCAGUCAUUGCCAGGUGCAUUUAAUGCAUAUUUGGUGCCUUCGGACAAGGCUCAGAAAAAAGGAUUUUCUCUGUCGAAGAGAUUUGCUGAGGUUUCAGCAAAUAGAAGAAGUGAAGCUGCCAAAUUUGCCCAGUUGUGGAAUGAAGUGAUAACCAGUUUCCGUGAAGAAGAUCUUAUCAGUGACAGGAAAGGCUGCACAAGCAAGAUAAAUAAUAUCCCUAUAGCUCUGAAUAUGGCAGCGCACUUCCGAUCAAAGGAUGCUGACUUAUGGAAACGUAUAUGUGCAGACGAGUAUAUGAAAUGUGCUGUGAUUGAGUGCUAUGAAUCCUUCAAACAAGUCCUCAAUAUUUUGGUCGUUGGAGAAAAUGAAAAGAGGAUAAUUGGCAUCAUCAUCAAAGAAAUAGAGAGUCAUGUUUCAAAGAGCACACUUCUUGCAAAUUUCAGAAUGGCCUCUUUGCCAGCUCUUUGUGAAAAAGUUGUGGUGCUGUGGGAAUCCUGGUGGAAAGAUGGCGAUCCUUCCAAGAGAGAUGACGUGAUAAGACGGCUUCAUCUUCUUUUGACGGUAAAAGAAUCUGCCAUGGAUGUACCAGCAAAUCUUGAAGCACGCAGGAGGAUUUCGUUUUUCACGAACUCCUUGUUCAUGGAUAUGCCACGUGCUCCACGAGUCCGCAAAAUGCUCUCAUUUAGUGUUAUGACCCCAUACUAUAGCGAGGAAACUGUCUAUUCUAAAUCCGACCUUGAAAUGGAAAAUGAAGAUGGUGUGUCCAUUAUAUACUACUUGCAAAAAAUCUAUCCAGACGAAUGGACCAACUUCAUGGAGCGAAUUAAUUGUAAGAAAGAGAGUCAGGUUUGGGAAAAUGAAGAAAACAUCUUACAGAUCCGUCAUUGGGCCUCCUUAAGGGGUCAAACUCUCUGUCGCACAGUCAGAGGAAUGAUGUAUUAUAGAAGAGCUCUAAAACUUCAGGCUUUCCUUGAUAUGGCUAAUGAGAGCGAGAUAUUAGCUGGCUAUAAAGCUAUAACAAACCCAACUGAGGAAGACAAGAAAAGUCAACGAUCCCUCUCUGCUCAGUUGGAGGCAGUAGCUGACAUGAAAUUCACGUAUGUAGCCACCUGCCAGAUUUAUGGAAAUCAGAAGAGAAAAGGAGAUCGUCAUGCAACAAACAUCCUGAAUUUGAUGGUUAACAAUCCUUCUCUCCGUGUUGCAUAUAUUGAUGAAAUAGAAGAACGCGAUUCUGGAAAAGCACAAAAAGUUUAUUACUCAGUGCUGGUCAAAGGUGUUGAUAAUCUUGAUCAGGAAAUUUAUCGUAUCAAACUGCCAGGUUCAGCAAAACUAGGUGAAGGAAAGCCUGAAAAUCAGAACCAUGCUGUAGUAUUUACUAGAGGGGAAGCCAUGCAAGCCAUUGAUAUGAAUCAGGAUAACUAUCUAGAAGAAGCUUUCAAAAUGCGCAAUCUUCUUGAAGAAUUUCAUGAGGAUCAUGGGGUGCGACCACCUACAAUUUUAGGUGUCCGUGAGCAUAUUUUUACUGGAAGUGUUUCUUCUUUGGCUUGGUUCAUGUCAAAUCAAGAAACAAGUUUCGUCACCCUUGGUCAAAGAGUUCUUGCUAGGCCCUUGAAGAUACGAUUCCAUUACGGGCAUCCAGAUGUGUUUGACAGAAUUUUCCACAUAACCCGUGGGGGUGUCAGUAAGGCUUCUCGUGGCAUCAACUUGAGUGAGGAUAUCUUCGCCGGAUUCAAUUCAACUCUACGAAGAGGAAAUGUCACCCACCAUGAGUACAUUCAAGUUGGCAAAGGUCGAGAUGUUGGGCUCAACCAAAUCUCCUUGUUUGAAGCCAAAGUAGCAUGCGGUAAUGGCGAGCAAACACUCAGCAGGGACAUCUAUAGACUAGGCCAUCGUUUCGACUUCUUCCGAAUGUUGUCCUUCUAUUAUACGACCAUUGGUUUCUACAUCAGCUCAAUGGUUGUGGUCCUCACAGUCUACGCCUUCUUAUAUGGGAGACUGUAUUUAGCACUGAGUGGAUUGGAAGGUUCCAUAAUCAAGUUUGCAAAACACAGAGGAGACAAUGCACUGAAAUCAGCUAUGGCUUCCCAGUCCGUGGUCCAGCUAGGCCUCCUCACCGCCUUGCCCAUGGUCAUGGAGAUGGGCCUCGAGAGAGGCUUCCGAACAGCGCUAGGCGACAUCAUUAUCAUGCAACUACAGCUUGCCUCCGUCUUCUUCACCUUCUCCCUAGGAACACGAACCCACUACUAUGGCCGUACUGUCCUCCAUGGUGGCGCCAAGUACCGAGCAACCGGUCGUGGCUUCGUCGUCCGCCACGAGAAGUUUGCUGAAAACUAUCGUAGCUUACGUGCUCCUACGGCUUCCAUGUGGUUCCUGGUUGUGUCGUGGCUAUUCGCUCCUUUCCUGUUCAAUCCUUCGGGGUUCGAGUGGCAGAAGGUCGUUGACGAUUGGGACGACUGGACUAAGUGGAUUGGCAGCCGGGGAGGGAUCGGUGUGCCUGCAAAUAAGAGCUGGGAGUCGUGGUGGGAAGAGGAACAAGAGCACCUCCAGCACACGGGGAUCUCUGGGCAGAUUUGUGAGGUCAUCCUCGCUUUACGUUUCUUCAUCUAUCAGUACGGCAUCGUUUACCAGCUGAAAGUCACCCUGGCCACGUCAGCUGGACGAGAGCACAGCCUUUCUGUCUAUGGACUGUCAUGGCUGGUCAUUGUCGCUCUUAUGGUAAUCCUGAAGAUUGUGUCGACGGGUAGAAAGAAGUUCAGCGCUGACUUCCAGCUAAUGUUCAGACUUCUCAAGUUCGUGCUCUUCAUUGGUUUCGUGGUCACGCUCAUCAUCCUCUUCACUACACUCCAUCUCACGGUCGGAGAUGUGUUCCAGAGCUUGAUGGCCUUCCUCCCUACCGGCUGGGCAAUUCUACAGAUAUCGCAAGCGUGCAAGCCGAUAGUGAAGGGGUUGAAGAUGUGGGGAUCGGUGAAGGCAUUGGCGAGAGGAUACGAGUACAUGAUGGCGUUGAUACUCUUCCUCCCCAUAGCAGUGCUAGCCUGGUUCCCGUUCGUGUCCGAGUUCCAGAACAGGCUUCUAUUCAACCAAGCCUUCAGCAGAGGUCUCCAGAUCCAACGGAUCCUCGCCGGCGGAAAGAAGCACAAGUAAUAUCAGCGACAGGUCAGGAUUCGAAAGAGGUCUCCAUCCACUUAGUAGAAUGCCAUUUGGUGCGCAUAAAAGAGGAGGUGCGGUUUUGCGCUUUCUAUAUGCUCUGCAACGGUUGAAACCCCAUUCUUGUUGUUUUUCUAUAUCCCACCACAUUAAUUGUUGGGCUGUCUCUUACCAAAUGGUUUCUGUAUAUUCUUGACUUGGCCAAUAAGGAAAAAGGGAAGUUUAGCUGGGUUCGGGUUUGCUUGGUUAUGUUUGGAAGCUCACUAGCUCGUAGUUACUAGUUUAACUUAGUGAUUACUUCCAUGCUGGCUGCCUCUUCAAUAGAAAGCGAGAUAUGAAGA